AUGCUUCUUGCCACUAAUAAGGUCGAUAUCGAUACAUUGGACAAGUCCCGCCGAACGCCGCUGUCUUAUGCUGCUGAGAAAGGGCACAAAGAUGUGGUCAAGCUACUACUUGCAACAGGCAAGGCCGAUGUCAACUGCAAGGGCGACCAUAAUCAACGGACACCUCUCUUGUGGGCAGCUGUGAACGGGCAUGACGCUGUAGUUCAGCUGCUGCUUGCGACAGGCAAGGUUAAUGUCGAUUCAGAGGACAAAUAUGACCGGACGCCUCUCUCAUGGGCAGCCGCAAACGGACAUGAAGUUAUAGUUCAGCUGCUGCUUGCGAUAAGCAGCGUUAAUGCCGAUUCAAAGGAUACAAACAACCAGACGCCGCUGUCUUAUGCUGCUGAGAAAGGGCACAAAGAUGUGGUCAAGCUACUACUUGCAACAGGCAAGGUCGAUGUCGACUGCAAG